AGGCAUAGGGGCUCUUCUACCUCCUCCGAACUAGCUUUAAAUAGACCCCUCUUUUCGUUUUUACCAAAGCAUAUGGCCCCUUUUGAUUUGGUCAGCGGCGAGCAAAUGGACCACGCGUGUAAACCUAAGUGGUUGAUAACAAGACUGGGUGAAUGUGAAUCUGGAAUGCUCAUCUUCCUAGUUGAGGGACCUUGGGCAACUUCAUUUUGCUGAGUCUGUUUCCUCAUUUGUAAAAUGUGAUUAACAGAACCUAUCUCAUGGGGUCACUGUGAGGAUGCAAUAAUGCAGACUAAGUGUUUAGCACAAUUGCCAGAAUUGCUAUUACCAUUUGUUUUCAACCCCAUAUCCUCCGGAGUCUAGCUCAAGGUUUUCUCUUUUCUACAAACCCUUAUCAAUCCCUUCUCUGAUCUUCAUUGACUUGGGUCUCUCUUACCAUUCACCUUACACUGUUUGUAUCUGUCUCUCUCAGAAGCCUGACCAGGCCUGCGAAGCUCACCCCGGUCUCACUUUGAAGCAUGUCUUCCACAUUUAAGUUAUUGUGUCCCCAAACCCGUCAAAACCAAUCCUAAGAGCACUGAAAUUAGAAUUGUAUUGUGCAUGAUACAGCAAAAGUUCCGAAAAUUUUUGAAACUGUUUUGUUCCGCUAAGUUUCCACUCCCUAAGCAGCUGUCCUUUCUCCCAUGUCUCCUUCUGGAGCGCCUGCUGCCCUCUCUAAGUUCCCCAGGUUGUUCAGGGCGCAGAGUUUCUGGAAAAAAUGAACACGCCGAACACCCAGCAUGGGCGGGGACCGCACGCGCUUGCGCAGAACACCACCCCCAGCCUGACGUCAGCGCGCCGGGCUCUGCCCCGCCUCCUGUGACACCGCCUCUCCACAGCCCCACCCCGCACGCCCUCGCGCUCCUGCGCAUGCUCCGAAGGUCGCCCCCGUGCGUCACAGAAUGGCCUCGGACACCCAGGCAGCUCCUGACGUGUCUGGGAGGAGCCUGGCGCGGAGGUCCGUAGAGUGGAGCUUGGGGCUGCAGAGAGAAGCGUCGCUGAUCGGCUGGGCGGGCCUGGCCAGGCCAGCAGAACACAGACGUCGGUCGAGCGGCGGCGAACAUGAGCUUUUGACACGUUAGAGGCUUUCUUGAUCAUGGAUGGUGAAGAUAUACCAGAUUUUUCAAGUUUAAAGGAAGAAACUGCUUAUUGGAAAGAGCUUUCCUUGAAGUAUAAGCAAAGCUUCCAGGAAGCUCGGGAUGAGCUAGUUGAAUUCCAGGAAGGAAGCAGAGAAUUAGAAGCAGAGUUGGAGGCACAAUUAGAACAGGCAGAGCAAAGAAACAGAGACCUGCAAGCUGAUAACCAAAGGCUGAAGUACGAAGUGGAAGCGUUAAAGGAGAAACUAGAACAUCAGUAUGCACAGAGCUACAAGCAGGUUUCUGUAUUAGAAGAUGAUUUAAGUCAGACCAGGGCCAUUAAGGAGCAGUUGCAUAAGUACGUGAGAGAGCUGGAGCAGGCCAAUGAUGACCUGGAGCGAGCAAAAAGAGCAACAAUAGUUUCACUGGAAGACUUUGAACAAAGGCUAAAUCAGGCCAUUGAACGAAAUGCAUUUUUAGAAAGUGAACUUGAUGAAAAGGAAUCUUUGUUGGUUUCUGUACAGAGGUUAAAGGAUGAAGCAAGAGAUUUAAGGCAAGAACUAGCAGUUCGGGAAAGACAACAGGAAGUGACCCGGAAGUCAGCUCCCAGUUCUCCGACUCUGGACUGUGAGAAGAUGGAUUCUGCUGUUCAGGCUUCGCUCUCCUUGCCGGCUACUCCUGUUGGCAAAGGAACAGAAAACACUUUUCCUUCCCCAAAAGCUAUACCAAAUGGUUUUGGCACCAGUCCACUAACUCCUUCAGCUAGGAUAUCAGCGCUAAACAUUGUCGGGGAUCUCUUACGGAAAGUAGGGGCUUUAGAAUCCAAGUUAGCAGCUUGCAGGAAUUUUGCAAAGGACCAAGCAGCACGCAAAUCUUACAUUUCAGGGAAUGUUAACUGUGGAGUGAUGAAUAGCAAUGGCACAAAGUUCUCUCGAUCAGGGCACACGUCUUUCUUCGACAAAGGGGCAGUAAAUGGCUUUGACCCCGCUCCUCCUCCUCCUGGUCUGGGCUCCUCGCGUCCGUCAUCAGCACCGGGUAUGCUGCCUCUCAGUGUGUGAGUGCCCGGCCUCCAGGUGGAGGCUCCUGCCCUCCUCCAACAACCCAGGACACCCACGCCUCACCCUUCGGUGCCUGGGCCCGGCCCUGUGCCCCUCUUCCUGCCUCCCCACGGCUGGCAGAGGGCAGGCUGCAUGCAGUGGCGGCUGCUGGGCCCUGCCCAGCCCCAGGACUCUGCGCGAUCUCAAUACUGGCUAUUUUCUCUUCUUGCCGUAGUGCCGUUGGUUUCACAUGAUUGCACUUUUGUGGGUCACAAGGUGAUACAUACGUGUAUUACUUGGUCACUGGAUGCAGAAGUACCCAUUCAUCACACCUGCCUCAUAACCCCCACUCUGCUGUGCUGAUAGGAUUUAGUUGUGUUUAGGACAUUGCAGAUCUCUAGAAGUUCUUCCCCAAAUCAGGUUAACAUGUGCCCUCCUCCUGAGCUCCCAUCAAAGCAUCUUCAGUGCUCAUAAUCAUGUGUCCCCAGUUCACCCUUACAGUUGGGGCCUGUUUCUGGCAGUCGGGAAGGUCACUGAAUUAGGGAACAGUCUCUGCAUUUUACGUAAGUAGUCACCAUUCCAUCCGCUUGCCUCCCAAAACAGCGAAAUGCUGUCUGAGCCACAGGUGGCAGGAGCUUCCAGGGCCUGGGCACUCCCAAGCCUGAGCCUCUCUGUCGCCUCCUCUUCCACAUGCCUCAGACUCAGCGGAGGUAGGUGGCAGCCUCCUCACCAGCUCUCUGGUCCUUCAGUUGAGUAAUAUUUUCAGAUUUUUGUUUUCAUGUCUGAGGGUCCAUCCAGUUUCAUAGGGAAGGAUUGGGUGGCCUCAUUCUGGGGGCUGGUGGUGCCAGCUCCCGGCAGACUGACCAAAAGUGGUUGUCCCUGUGCAUCCUUUGAUUACUCUCAUGCUGCAUUUACUGUUUACAUUUGUUUUAUUGUACAUAGGUUUGUAAACAUUAUUGCCUAAGAUAUUUGUAUAUAACUUGGGCUUUGUAGCUUUUAUUUAUUCAGAACUCAUAUGGCAUGUUAAUGACUUACGAUGGUGUCCUACUCUGGGCAGUUGUAUAGGGUCAUCAUGUGGUUAAAAAAACACUUCCCUUCUUCCCCCCAAAAUCUUUUAAUGUGGAAACAAUAAAUUUCACAGAAAAAAGGA